GGAAUUUCCUUAGUAGCUUACGUUAUAGAAGUGUCCACGGAAGUGGAUAAACUUAUUGAAAUAUUUUGCAGGAUCGCAGAAUUUCUUGGAAACUUUCACAGUAGAAUAGCAAUAAUUGCUGCUUAUGGAUAUUUCUUCUUCACUGGUGUAUCGGUAUUUGUGUACAUUUUUGAAAUGGUCGAUGUUUGUCAAACACUGAAAUAUGAGGAAGAAAACGUGUUCUAUGCACGACUAGCCAAGAGUCUCGUGUUGGCUUUGGAAGAGGUGCCUUUGCCGGCACUUCUCAAUGUGCUGUUCACGAAUGAGCCGCGACUGUCAUUAGCAGGACCAGUCUUCUUCGGCUCAUGUAUCAAGCUGGUCGCCCUUUCUUGGGGACUGGUGAAAUUCACAAAACUUCGAUUCUUCUGGCCAUGCCUUCCACUGAAUCCGAAGCAUGACUACAGAGAGAAUGUUCGGCGAUGCUUCACUCUGAACCUGUACCGAUGCACGAUGAUCUUCGUGAAUAUCUGUCAUCUUCUGGCAAUUUUUAUCGUCACUCGAAAUAUCAUCGCCAGUAGAAACGGUGGACGCCCGAUUGUUGUCAAGGAUGAAACUGCCUGA